ACAUUCGAAAAAUAAUACAGUAUAGUCUUGAGAGAGCGUGAACAAUCAAAUGGCCUCGCAAAGGUGUUUCUGCAUUGUGGUCUAUUCCUUGGUGUUUUUAGGUGUCGCGAACACAGCCCUGUCAUCAACAUCACUGUCUCCUGAUUUCUACGGCCACUCUUGUCCCAAAGCUUUGGACACCAUCGAAAGAGUCGUUCAGGCUGCCGUCUACAAAGAGCGUCGCAUGGGCGCUUCUCUGCUGCGCUUGCACUUCCACGAUUGUUUCGUUAAUGGAUGCGACGGAUCAAUUCUUCUGGAUGAUUCGGCAACAAUAGAGAGCGAGAAGAAGUCACUGGCAAAUGUGAAUUCAGCGAGAGGAUUCGAAGUGAUCGACGAGAUCAAAAGCGCAGUGGACAAAGCGUGUGGUGGCCCUGUCGUUUCUUGCGCCGACAUCUUGGCCGUCGCGGCUCGAGACUCGGUCGUCGCUUUGGGGGGCCCAUCAUGGAAAGUGAGGCUCGGCAGAAGAGACUCCAAAACGGCGAGCCGAACUGAAGCAAACGCGGCCAUCCCAGCCCCAUCUUUCAGCCUGUCUCAGCUGAGGAACAGCUUCAAGAAUCAAGGCCUGAGCGAGAAAGACCUUGUGGUUUUAUCCGGCGGCCACAGCAUUGGGUUGGCGCAGUGUGGUACAUUCAAAGACCGCCUCUACAACGAAUCAUCUGAGAUCGACCCCUCCUUUGCCAAAGACCUCAAGAGGGGGUGCCCCACAGAUGGAGGGGACGCCAACCUGGCUCCGCUGGACCCCACCGCAGCUCGAUUCGACGUGGCCUACUUCUCCAAUUUGCUUCGCAAGAAGGGCCUUCUUCACUCUGAUCAACAGCUCUUCAGUGGCGCCUCAACUGAUGCAUUGGUUCAGAAAUACAGCUACGAUACGAAAGCUUUCCGCAAGGAUUUUGCCAAUUCCAUGAUUAAGAUGGGAAAUAUAAAGCCCCUCACUGGCUACCAAGGCGAAAUUCGUUACAACUGCAGGCAGGUUAACAAUUAUUAAAAAUAUAUGCGCGCUUUUCUGUGUGAAAAAGAGCCGCCGGACUUUCAUUUUCAUUUUCAUCAAAAAAUAUGUAUUUAUAUUGGAGUGCUAUUAUGUUCUUUUAAUUUAUUUAUGAAAUAUUCUAAAAUAUGUGUGAUCUAUAAUAAAAAAACGAGCUACCUUAAGCUUAGUA